AUGCCCGGUUGGGAUGCACGGAUGCGCGGAGGGAGGGAUGAGGCGCUUCCCCCUGCUGGAAUGCCAGCGUCCUGGCAUCAUGCACCCAGCAGCCAGUAGCGUUCUCCCAGAUGAGGAGCCCCUGCUCCAGGAGCCCUCGGUGAACAGGUACAUCCAGCAAAAGCCCAGAGACCACUUCCAUGGGGCCUACAUUAUUUUUUUCCUCCUGGGCAUCGGGUCACUGCUACCCUGGAAUUUUUUCAUCAUGGCAAAGCACUACUGGAUGUACAAGCUGCAAAACUGCUCGGAUCAGGAAGGUCUGGCAGGACAGGCAGGGUCCGAUCUGCGGAGCUUUGAGCCUCCUGCAUCUCCAAGCUGAUGCCCUGACUGCAGGCAGAGAAAAUAAUGUUCCUGUGUCACCACUUGGGCUGCAUUUGCUCAGGCACAUUCUCACACCUGGAAAGGACUAUUUUGAGAGUUACAUCUCCAUUGCUUCAACUGUGCCCUCAGUGCUGUGCCUGAUUGGAAACUUCUUGCUUGUCAACAGGGUGCCCGCCAGUGUCCGGAUCCUCUCCUCCCUUUUUGUCAUGCUGGCCAUCUUCCUGGUGAUCACGGUGCUAGUGAAGGUUGACACCUCCACCUGGACCACCAGCUUCUUCACUCUCACUGUUGGCUGUGUGGUGGUUGUCAGCAGUGCCUCCACCAUCCUUGGCAGCAGCAUCUUUGGGCUGAGCAGCCGCUUCCCCACCAGGAACCUGCAGGCUCUGAUCUCAGGUCAGGCCAUGGGCGGCACCAUCAGCGCCAUCGCCUCCCUGAUAGACCUGGCGGCAGCAGCCGAUGUCACCGACAGUGCCCUGGCCUACUUCUUCACUGCUGACGUCUUCAUUGUCUUCUGCAUCAUGGUCUACCUCCUCCUUCCCAGGCUGGAAUACUCCAGGUUUUACUUGGGCAGCCAUAAGGAGAGCCCAUCUCUGGCCACUGUGCCACCUGACAGCUGCAUGGAAGAUGAGGCAGAGUCAGGAGGCAUCACAAAUACCUCCUUCCUCCCCAAAAGCACCAGCGUCCCUCCACUCCGCCUCAUCCUGCAGAAGACUGCCCUCCUCGGCUUCUGCCUCUUUUAUGUCUUCUUCAUCUCCAUCAUCAUCUUCCCUUCUAUCUCUUCCAACAUUGAGUCUGUCAACAAGUCCUCAGGAAGCGUGUGGAGCACCAAGUACUUUGUACCGCUCACCAGUUUCCUCCUCUACAACUUUGCUGACUGGUGUGGGAGGCAAAUGACUGCCUGGAUCCAGGUGCCCGGCCCCAAGAGCAAGCUGCUGCCCAUCCUUGUCCUCCUCAGGACUGUCUUCCUCCCUCUCUUCAUCCUCAGCAACUAUCAGCCCCGGGCUCACAUCCAGAUGGUGAUCUUCAAGCAAGACAUCUACCCUGUAGUCUUCACCACCCUGCUGGGGCUGAGCAAUGGCUACCUGGGGACUCUGGUCAUGAUCUAUGGCCCCAAGAUUGUGCCAAAAGAGCUGGCUGAGGCAGCAGGGGUGGCGAUGAAUUUUUACAUCGUGGUGGGACUGGCAGUGGGGUCUGCCUGCUCUGUUCUCAUUGUGCACCUUUUGUAGAGGAGCAGCUUGUGGGAAAUGCCUUUGAUUUGCCAUGCUGCUGUCAGGUAUUUAGGUUUGGGUUUUUUCACCCCAAAAGCCAGGCAUACUGUGGUUUUAGGGUAGGCUGCCUGUCUUGUUGGGGUGGAUUGUAUACAAGGGAAAAGUCCUCCUUCUACAAAGGGAUGUCCCCUGUGCUUGGGAGGUUCCAUUGGACCUUUGUCACUUCCCAGCUCAACUGGAGCAAACAGACCAAAGAAAAAUUCUCAUUCUCUCCAAGGAGCUCAGGGAAGCACCGGGAAACCUGGACCUCACCCUGGUGCCAUGGGGAAGGGUGGCUUGCUGGUGCCACCAAGCUGGUCUGGAAAUGAAACUGGGGUUUUUGAAACCGGGGGUUUUGAUGGCACCUUGGGUUUUGCUGCCUUGUCAUUAGAAGUGUAGGUCUGCAAUGUUCUGGUGGCCUCAGGGGCAUCCCCUCUCCUCAGACUGUGGUGGUGGUUGUAGAGCUCAAGGGAGUUCGAGCCCUGGAGCACCUUCAUGCAAGCUUUGAGACCAGAUAGCAGCUGCACUAGGGAGCAGGGCACUGUUUUGGGAGGAUCUUAUACAUUCACAUACCACAGAAAAGCAAAUAUAAGGGAAACCUCUCCACUUGGAUUUCUGUGCACUUUAUUUUUUCCAGAUAAGAUUGAAUUGAGGGAUCAUCCAGCAUGGUGCUACUAGUGCCAGGGCUGUAUGUCCUGGCCAGACAGAGACCAUUUCUCCCACUGUGACCAUGGUGUGAUGGACACCAACUUACCUGCCUGCCCCUGAACUCUGGGAGAGCAAAAUGCCAAGUGGUCCCAACCUAAGGUGCCUUUAAUCUGUGUUGAAAGGUCUCUUAAAGCAAGAGAGAGGUAUUAGAGAAACUCUGCCGUGAUGUUCACAGCAGAAAAGGGAUUAAUUUUGUUAGACAGGUGGCAUAUGGUCUCCAGAUGCUUUCAGAGGGGUGGAGGUACUGUGCCACCUGAAAAGAUGGGCCACCCAAAAGGGACCAGCUUUUAAAGUCAUUUAAAACUUCCAGAUGCAAAUAAAGCCUGGCCUGAAAACCAUUAUUGUUUUUAUUUACACAAACUGGGUGGAUUUAUGGCCUGUGAGAUGUGAACUGGAUGAAAAGGGAUCACCUGUCAUUGCAGCUGCUGUCUCAGGGAUACUACCCAUGGAAAAUACUUCCUGUAAGACUGGGUCAUUAGUGGAUUCUUGAUUAGUGUGAUGCUCUCCUGACAUCUGCUUGCUGGUCUGAGUUGCCAGGAGGUCUCCUUGCUGUGCUGGAUGUGGUGGGGAGCAAGAGGGAGGAUAUGGGGCUGGUGCUUGUCCACCUACAGCCACCCUAGCAUUGCUGGGUCACCAGCAGGAUCUCUGGUGGUUAUUGUCACAGGUGGCAUGUAGUCUUGAUGAGCU